GUCACUCGGCGUCGCGAGACUCGUGACUCGCGAGUCGUGACAAUAACAAUCAUCAUCAUCAUCAUCAUCAUCGUCCAAGCAUCAUCUACUCGCUACUGCCACUGUUUUCUCCUUCCUCUGUUCCCCCAUUCCCGAACCUUCGUCUUUCUCGUCCGCCCACCCAGAGAUACGGUCGCCGGUCGACACCAGGUUCUCUCUCCGUCCAAUUUUGUCUCUGGGUUGAGGCCGCAGAUCUGUAGUUUUCUCUUCUCUUUGUUUGUCGACUCGCGGAACUGUAGCAGCCAGUAGAGGGCACAGAUCUAGGGCUUUUGCGAAGUACGUUUUUUUUUUUUUUUUUUUCUCAACUCUUGAAAACGUUUUUUUUACCUUGUUAAUGGAAAUUGGAAACGGUGCAGUGGCUGCCCUAAUCGGGUUGAUUUAGUGAAUUUAUUGAGUAAAAUGGUGCGGUAAUCCGAAACGUUAAACACGUUAUUCAAAUUCGUAAGACUCGGCUAAUGUGAUGGGUAAGGAAUCUCCUUGUCCGCAAACAAGUAAUGGGGGUGGUUGCUCACCUGCUGUGAGUGAGGAUUCAGGGACUUGCUCUACCCGCAACAGUAUUGAUAGGGAGGCGGGUUUAGCAACUUGUCGCGUGUGCCAGUGUGUAGAAUCUGACAAAAGAGGGGAUGCUGCUCUGGAGUUUCUGGGCAUCACGCCUCCUUUACAAGAAAGCCGUAGAAGCAGUGAGGAGGCGAGGCAGAGUAGCAAAGAAGUAUGGAAAGGUGUCGACAAUGAUGAUGACCUUAUAAAAAAUGGUAGCAGGGAAUCUGGAUUUGUUGAGUUCAUAAGCCCUGAGGGGGAGGUUUUUAUUUGUAACACGGAUAUUGAAAUUGGUUCGUGUCGUGAUCAGGAUGUGUUAAUUGAGCUUGGCUGUUCUUGCAAAAAUGAUCUUGCUCUAGUGCACUAUGCCUGUGCACUUAAGUGGUUUGUUAACCAUGGAUCCACUAUUUGUGAAAUAUGCGGGUGCGUGGCAAAAAAUGUCAGAACUGCAGAUAUAAAAAAGGUUAUUAUAUCUUUGAAGGAUUAUGAAGCCUUAAGGGAAAGGACUGCUAAUGGAGAACCUAAUCCUGCUCCGGUACAGGCAAAUUCAGGUGUAGAUCCUGAUGCCAUUGCUGCUGUUCGAAGGCAGAGGCUAAGUGAGAUUUCAUUGUGGUUCAGUCCACAUGGUAACCAUACUCAUUUUAAUAACAAUCCGGCCACGCUUUCGCAGGUUGUUUCCGAACAACCUUUGAAUGCUGUUGCUGAAGAUGUUGCCCCUACCGAAAACCUUGCAACCAAAUGGGCAGUGGAAGGUACUGGGAUUCUGCUUGCCACAGGGCUACUUACUGUUACUUUAGCAUGGUUGAUUGCUCCUCGUGUUGGCAAGAAAACUGCGAAAAGUGGCCUUCAUAUUCUCCUUGGAGGCAUUUGUGCUUUAACAGUUGUUGUCUUCUUUCGCUUUAUUGUGCUGACUAGAAUCAAAUAUGGACCUGCACGCUACUGGGCUAUCUUGUUUGUCUUCUGGUUUCUUGUGUUCGGCAUAUGGGCUUCGCGAACACAUAAUGCUCAUACUACAUGAUUCUCUUGGAUUGAUUUUUCUUCUCCCAGAUGCACGUAAAUUCUGUUUCAGUCCCAUCCAGUAAGCAAUUCCUAUUGGGGACUUUGUCAAACUGCGAUGUGAUGCCAUUUCACAGUACAUGUAUCUAAAAAUGAGCUCUCAAAGGGCGACUCAUAAUGGGUUUGGCAUCCCUACAUGUUUUGAGGAGUGAACCUUAAAAAGAAAUAAUUGUUCUUAUUUGAGAAUUUUAUUUG